AUGUUGAUGAAUAUUGCCCUUAGCCUACUGGCCGCUCAGAGCGCCGCUGCGGCGCGGUUCGCUAUGUACAUUGAUGAAUAUCAUACUACCGAUCUCCCUGGAAGUGAUCAAACAGGGCAGGUUGAUCACGCGAUCAUGGCUUUUGCCCCGACAAAGUUGUUCAACUCCGACUCCCCUCCUUCGUUUUCGCCAUUCGAGCCUGUGGAGACCAUGCGCAAGCGCUUCGGACCUGACACCAAGGUCAUGAUUGCCAUUGGUGGCUGGGGUGACACGGCCGGCUUCUCUGAUGGAGCCAAGGAUGACACCACCCGCAAGCGUUUCGCAAAGAACGUUGCUGCGAUGCUUGAUGCCAACAAGUUUGACGGUGUUGACAUCGAUUGGGAGUACCCCGGCGGUAACGGCCAGGACUACAAGCAAAUCCCCAACUCCGCCAAGGUCGACGAGAUCGAGACCUAUCCCAAGUUCCUGGCGGCUGUCCGCGAGGCUAUCGGCAACAAGACUCUUUCCAUCGCCGUCCCCGGCCGACGCCAGGACAUGAUCGCAUUCACCAAGGAGCAAAGUCCUGAGAUCUUCAAGUCCGUCGACAUGGUCAACGUUAUGACAUACGAUCUGAUGAACCGCCGUGACAACGUCACCUCUCACCACACCAGCGUCGAGGGAUCUCUCGAUACUAUCCAGGCCUACCUUGAUCUCGGUCUUGAGCCUGAGAAGGUCAACCUUGGCUUUGCCUACUACGCGAAGUGGUUUACUACCGACCCUACCUCUGACUGCAAGGAGCACCCGCUCGGCUGCAAGGUUGUCAAGCUUGAGAAUGAUGAUGGUUCUGACAACGGCAAAUCUGGUGCUUUCACCUUUGAGAAGGGUGUCAUGGAUCCUCCCCCCGCCAACCUGACCACUUCCUACAAUGGCAAGUGCGGUUACUCCGAGGGAACCAAGUGCCCCGAGGGAUCCUGCUGCAGUGCCUACGGCAACUGCGGUUCCGGUGACGACUUCUGCCAGGCUGGCUGUCUCUCCGACUACGGCACUUGCAAGGGCAUCUCUAUCACCGACUCCUGGCGCCGUGCCUCCAAGGAUGGCCAGACCGACGAGGAAGAAGGUGGCCAGUACUACUGGGACGAGGAGACUAACCUCUUCUGGUCGUGGGAUACUCCUGACCUGAUCACUCGCAAGUUCUCCGAUAUCGUGCAAGCUAAGAACUUGGGUGGUGUUAUGGCUUGGUCUCUCGGUGAGGAUACUUAUAAGUUUGCUCAUCUCGAUGCUAUGCAGAAUGGUGUUCAACAGAUCACCCAGCAGAGUGCUGAUGAGUGA